AUGAAUACGUCCGACAAAAAUUUCAGUCGUGUUUGCCUUAUGUUAGAACAAUUAGAAGGUGAUUACAAACUGUUGUGUAAUCUUGUUGUUGAUGAGAUGGCGAUCCGUCAGCGUGUUGAGUUGGAUGGAGAGCAAAUGCACGGAUACGUUGAUAUUUGUAAUUCUAGUAAGAAGGGAGAUUGUUUGCCAGAGGCCAAGGAAACUCUUGUGUUUUUAGUUACAACGAUCAAUGGUCCGUUUAAAAUACCUGCUGGUUAUUUU